AUGGGUGGACUGAAGUAUUCGAGUGACCAACUUCAACACCUUUCAUCCUUCAAAGUCCCCAUCAGUGCGAGUGUGCAUGAACUUUGCCGAGAUGCAGGGAUUGUAAAGAGGAAGCGCUACCUGCACCGCGGGAGACGCCGCUCCCAAAGACUGUCCGAUGAUGAAAUCAUCAAUUGUCUCUCUUCGACUGCGAAGUCCCUGUCGGUGCGCGCUGGCCCGGAGGCCUCGCAAAGCAACUGUGAGUCCAGUUCCUGGAGGGAUGAUGAGAUCCGCUCUCCUGAUCCAGUGACCGGUGCGCUAUGGUCUACUACAGUGGCUGAGGUCUGUUUGGAGAGGUCUCACCUCUCCGAUGCCUUCUCUCCCCCUGCCAGUGGUCUGGCCAACACAGACUAUCCGUUCGUCUCUUCCUGGACUGCUCCUGCCGACCAUCAUGGCAGAAAUUCAGAGACUGUGUCUGCCCCUUCCGUCGGCUUGUCUUCGUCUGCUCCUGCUGGCCAGCAACUGGGGGGUAACGACGCGGAGACUGUAUCCCCUACAUCCAUCGUCACGUCUGCGACUGCUCCUGUCGGCCGAUGUCUAUUGUCCAGAGGAGCGUUUCAUCCGUCUCUUCCUGUCCAGCAUCUGGAUGGUGGUGGUGCAGAUGUGCCUGCUCAUAUGACUAUCUCGUCUCUGACGGCCCAGUCACGGUCCACUGGAGCGUUUCAUUCUGAUCCAUUGGCAAUUACGGAUUCACGUGUGAUUUCGAAACUGAACCUUGAAUUGCGCCACCACCACCCUGGCAUUGGAAAUCAUCGGACUAAAUGCAACAACAGAGUCUCUCUUAAUAUUGAAACUGUCUGUGAUCUUGCCACGAAAGCCAGGCCUACCACCUGUCUCCUGGACCCUAUGCCCUCCUCUCUUGUCAAGGCCUGUCUACCAGUUCUCAGUCCCCUCCUUACUAACAUCAUUAACACCUCUCUCCUGACAGGCAUAGUUCCAAACUCCCUAAAGAUUGCAGCCAUCACGCCUGUCCUCAAAAAAACUGGAGCUGCAGCGGAUGAUUUUAAAAACUACCGUCCCAUCUCAAACCUUCCCUUCAUCUCCAAGCUGCUAGAGCGUACUGUGGCCUUACAGCUUCAAGAACACAUGACAUCAUUUAGCCUAUGGGAGGAACUGCAGUCUGGGUUCAGGGCUAAGCAUAGCACUGAAACUGCACUAGUCAAGGUCGUAAACGACCUUUUGUUAGCUGCGGAUUCAGGCCAUUUCAGUAUCCUCCUGCUACUUGAUUUAACAGCUGCUUUUGACACAGUCUGCCACAACGUCCUUCUCACAAGGCUGGAAACCCUAUUGGGCAUCACUGGUACUGCACUCUCCUGGUUCAGGUCCUAUCUAACUGGAAGAGAGCAGUUUGUCUCUAUUGGUGAUUUCCGGUCUCCAAAUUCAGUCCUCACACAUGGUGUUCCUCAAGGCUCAGUUCUAGGCCCCCUACUCUUCAUCAUUUAUAUUCUUCCCCUUGGUAACAUACUCCGAAAACAUGGUCUAAAUUUUCAUUGUUAUGCAGAUGACACCCAAAUUUACAUUCACACCAAACCCUCCCAUCCACUCCCCCUCGCUAACUUAACAACCUGCCUAAAUGAAAUUAGUAAUUGGAUGACCCAAAAUUUUCUUAAACUUAAUCAAAACAAAACCGAAGCCAUCAUCAUCGCCACUCCAUCAUUACUUAAAAAGAUAAACCUUUCUCAGUUCUCUAUCCCUGACUAUUUUACCUCCACUUCCUCUGAAGUAAGAAAUCUGGGCGUCAUCAUCGACUCUUCGCUCUCCUUUGAAUCCCAUAUCAAACACCUCACCAAAACUGCAUUUUUCCACCUUAAAACCAUCUCCAGACUCCGCCCUUCUCUUACCCCUACCUCUGCUGAGACCCUCAUCCACGCUUUCGUAACCUCCAGAUUAGAUUAUUGCAAUGCCCUACUCACUGGUCUCCCAACUAAAUUGAUAAACCGUCUACAAUACAUUCAGAACUCAGCAGCUAGAUUACUCACACACACCAGACCCUGGCAUCACAUUACCCCUAUCCUCUAUCAAUUACACUGGCUUCCUAUCCAUUCACGUAUCCAUUUCAAAAUUCUCCUCCUUGUAUACAAGGCCCAGCACAACCUUGCACCCUCCUACAUCACAAGUCUCCUCACCCCAUACAAUCCCACCCGCACACUACGCUCCACUGACUCACUCCUCCUUACAGUUCCCUCCACACACCUGCGCACCAUGGGCGACAGGGCAUUUAGUGUUGUUGGCCCCAAACUUUGGAAUUCACUCCCACUGUCUCUUCGUCAGUGUUCCACACUAUCUACUUUUAAAUCUAAGCUGAAGACACACCUUUUCAUUUCUGCUUUUCCACUUCAGUGACAGGCACUUCCACUUUAUUUUAAUCAUCAGUUUAUUUUUAA